AUGGCCCUGCGAGGUUUAGAAGGAGCUGAGCUGAAAAAAGGGUUGCGAGAGUUGAUCACAAGCUGGGAGAGCAUUGUUCGAGAAGCUGGUUCAUUUGAACAAGUUGAAGAUACACUUCUCCACUUGGAGGAAAAUGAUGAAAACUUUCACAAGCAUGAUUUCAUCAAGACAUUGAAACAUAAACUGGAGGAAACACUUAGUAAUUUAAUUGAUGAAGAGCUGGACAAAUACUCAACGUCGGGGCACAUCGACUCAGAGAUUCAUGAGACUUUAGUCAGCCAGAUAAUUCACACCAUCACACAGUCAAAACAAUAUGCAGACUUGAAAAAGAAGCUUCAAAAAAACAUCAGUGAGGCUGUGGAUGCUUUGAUUGCAAACUUUGAUUCAGAAUUUGGUAUUGGCCGAGUAACUUCUGAUGUGGACAGUGUCAUGCUGUUCAACUCAGAUGACCUCAAGAGCAUCACCGACAGUCUGAGCAAGAUGAAAAGUGCCAGUACACGAAAGGAAGCCAUGCAGAAGCUGAACCAGAUAGUUUCGGGUGAGAUUGUUCAGAACAAGCACUGGCCACAGCUGCGCAAAAAUCUGUUGGAUGUCAUGGCUGACCCAGAUGAUCAACUGUCUGAAUUGAGUCUGAAGUUUGUGGCUAAGUCAUUUACGUGUACAUCUCAUCACACAUACCAAGUUUACAGUUUACUCAUGGACUUUUUAUGCAGCCAGUUUAAUUCAAAGAACUUCACAAUGCCUUUGGUGCAGAAUGGUUUGGAUUCUUCUGAUAAAUUCAUGAUCAAGUUGCUGAAAGCUUUUCGACUGAUGAACGAAUUCCAACAGGAGGCCCCAAACUAUUGGGGUUCACUGAACCUGCUGAUGCUGCAGAUGACACCACAAUCUCCUUCUACCAGGCUGACUCCUCUACACUUCAUUGCUGUGCUGGAUCCAAGAGCACAGUGGUUUACUAAAUGGAUGCAUUGCAACUACAGUAGACAAGAACUAUUAGAUCGACUUCAGCAGUACAAAAUCCUAGUGGAAACAUCCUUGAAGUACUGCACAGAUUUUUCUUCACUGUGUAAACCAAGUCCUGAUGAAAUGCAUGAAGUCACUGAAUCUCUGUUCAAGACAUCUUUGACGGAGAGUGGCAGGAGACAACAUUAUUCAUAUUCAGAGCUUGAAUAUGCUCUUUUCAUACACUCACUCUCACUUCUGGGAAAGCUCCUUUGUUACCAGGCAGGACGGUCAUUUUUUCCUUACAAGUUAAAAGACAAGCCAGCAGCAGUGACUGUCAGCCAACUUCUGAGAGCACUGGUACAGCUCAUUGUUGAUUCAGGGCAGACAACUCAAUACAGAAGGAUUGAUAAAAACGUGUAUGAGUCUAGCUUCCUGGUGACGGAGGUUUUCAAGUUGCUGUGCGGCACCGAAACGACCUGCAGUGUUUUGUUGUGUAAAGAUGACAUCAUGAGCACCCUGCUGUCCCCCAUGUCACGGUUUCUGGAUGGUUCACAUGGCACCCCUGCUCCGAACGAAGCCUGCCUGCUUCACGUUGCAGAUAUUUUAUGUGUGAUGGCUUCUACAGCCAAAGGCAGACAGUUCUUGUUGUAUGGAGAAAGCAACAAUCUUCUCACCAGAACAAAAUCAUCACCAGCACAUCUUGUUGCUGAGUUUACCAAGAGGGCCCUGUCCAGUGAUCUGUCUAGAUCAUCUUCUCUGCCAUCGAAUGCUGUGGUUGGAGCAUAUCUUUAUGUGUGUCGGCAGCUGUAUAGUACUUGUGAUGGACUCCUUGUCUUGUCGCAGUAUGAGUUGCACACUUCCAUUGCACAAGCCUGGAAAAAGCUACAAGUGGCAGAGAAAUCUGGCGGUUCAGCCAUGAGCAUGAAGACCUAUGAAACGGACAAAUGCAAGGACACUUACAUAUCGAGGGAUUCAUGGAAAGAAAUGUUACAGGAUAAUUUGCUCAAUUUUGCUAGUACAGCAAAAGGAAUUCUUCUGCUUCAGCAGACGGGAGCCCUUAGUGAAUGUAUCCAAUACAUGUACUCACGCUACGACAAAAAAUUGCAGGUCAGCAAAUGUGAGAAGUUUGGCUAUGGGUAUAUGGUGACACAGGUGGCAGCAACUGCUACAGGCAUUCAGGCACUCCAAGGAACAGGUUAUAUUAAAGCUCUCCUGAUGGAGCUGUGGUCAUCGCUGGAAUGUGGACCCCUGGACACCCCCUCUUUCUCACCAAAAGCUUGGCCAGUGGAUCCCAUCGACAGAUGCUCUCAAAAGCAUUUCAUACGACUGGUCAAUAUUCUGUCAGCAUUUCCAGCUGUGUAUGAAAUGAUAUGUGGAGAACGACUACCAGCACGAGAGACGUACAGCCUGCGAGACAUUCCUGACUCCAUUACUGCUCUGAUUGACAGAAUCAUUAUUGUGGACUCUGACGUGAAAAUCCACUCAUUGUUCAACUAUGAGGAGUCAUAUACAUUUGGUUUAAGGGUGCUGUCUGCGAUGGUGUCUUGCUUGGAUACAUAUCUUUUGCUUGAAUCACAGUACAAGUUUCAGGAGUUUUUGCUGAAGGAGCAGGAAGCCAACAAAAUUGAAGACAGUGGGGCCAUCAUUGCGGACAUGUUGUCUGUGGAGAGAAACUAUAUCUUAGUGAAGUCCUACUUGGUUGGAGGACCCAGUGAGAGGACAUUACCGGCCAGGACUUUGGAAGAAGACAGAACAGGGAAUAUUCAAGCCCCCACCUUGUUCUCAUCAUAUCCGGUACCCAAAGAAUACCAGCCAAAUGUUAUCAGCAAGUCUUCCACUAAACAAGAAAAUGAACUGACAAAAUUUCUGAAUGCCCAGCGAGCAGAGAAAAAGCCCAAACUGUGGGUAGACAAAUGCAGGGGAGCUCUUCUGAAAGUUAUGUCCACUAAGCCGGACCAGAUGAAGGGAAACGUGCUGCAACAGCUUUUGGAGCAGAUGGUGGCAAAUCAGUGCCAGAUUCAGGAUGAGGCAAACUUGGUGGUUUUUUCAGAGAAGACGAUAAAAACUGUCCACUUGUCCCACCUACAACAGCUAGGGGUUCAGACAGCCGUUAGGUAUGGAACUCAUUUGAAGAUUGUAAGUAAAGCUGCAGAGUCAACAGAAGCUCUCACUCACUUGAUGAAGCAGGCAGCCUGCUCUCUCAAACUGCAGCAGAAACCAUUUAAGACUUCAUUAAAAUUCUUGGAGGAUACUUAUCCGGGUUUUGACUGGUUUACAGCGACUGUGUAUCUCAUAUUUGGUGGUAAUGCAGAACGAGCUUGGAAAUUCUUGCAUAGGUUCUCGGCUCUUCGAGCUUCAGGUUACAUGUGGAUGGCCAGGUUGCAUUCAUCUCUUCUGCCAACUUCACUUUUGUCCAGCGGGAUCCCACCUUUGUUUUCCGGUACAGCCCACAACAUUGAACUGCUGCUACAGAAUGAACUCCCCUUGGUUGUGUCUGCUUUUAAAAUGUCAGGUUACACCCCUUCACAGAUCUGCAUUCAUUGGUUGACCCAGUGUUUCUGGAACUAUCUAGACUGGCUGGACAUUGUACAUUACAUUGUUGUGUGCGUCUGCAUGGGCAUCGACUACCAGGUGUACAUGUGUGUGGCCAUCUUUAGACUGCUGCAGGAGGACAUCCUGUCUCACAUGCAAACACAUGAUUUGGUGAUAUUUCUGAAGGAGGAAGCCAUCAGGAACUUCCAUGUGACACAGCAGAUCAAGUACAUGAAGGAGCUGGAGGUGAAGUACAGAAAGCUGGUCCUGUCUGACAUCAUGGACAUUGGCAAGCCUUGA